AUGGAACGCAACGCAACGGGCGGGGAGGUUGAAGAUGAGCAAGCAUCGGCAGAACUGCAGGCUCGCUUGGCCCAGGCGAUCGUGGCCGACUUUGGACACCUCAUGGCGCCUGUGGUAGAUUACGAUCUCGACGAUGAAGAUGAAGAUGAUGAUGCAGUAAAGGGAAAUGGAGGAGCGAGCAAGAAGCGCAAACGCGCGGCCACAGAAGACGAGGGCGUAACAGGAAAGCAUGGGGAAGAAGAUGACAGAGCCAAGAGGGGCACGGGGCGGGCGACGGGCAAGGGAGGAGCGUGCGAGGGGUGCGGAGCUGAAUCCAAGUACCGGUGCCCGCGGUGUGACUGGCGAUCGUGUGGGGUGGCCUGCGUGCGCCGUCACAAGGAGGAGACGGGCUGCAGUGGCCUCCGCGAUCGGACGGCCUACGUUCCGCUUCGGGCCAUGACCGACACUCACCUCCACUCGGACUUCAACUUCCUCCAGGACUGCAUGCGUGUGGCCGAUGUGUCACAUCUGAACAAGCCCAAGAUGAACAGCAUCAUCUCUAAGCGGUUUCGCAUCUUCCUCUACCAGUGCCGACGGCGGCGGGUGAGGGUGCAGCUGCUGCCGCAGGGCAUGGCGAAGCGAAAGCAAAACACUUCCUACUACAGCAUCAAGUGCGUCUCCUCCCCGGGCGACUGA